AUGGCUAACAGGUGUAUCAUCAAAGACAAUUGGGUAAAGUUUAACAAUGGCAUGUGUGUUCCUCAAAUGGAUGAGCUGAUGUACCAGCUGAUAGACAAGUGGAUGGCAAGAGACAGGAGGAGGAGAGAAGAGCAGCAAGCACCCAUCAUUUGUAUUGAGCAUGAAGAGGAACCUCCAAUGAAUGUGAAUAUAUUCAUAGCAGUGCACAACUCUUUCCAAUGUGUCAAGAGAGCUAGGAUCAAAGAGUAUGCUUUGGAAGGAGAGGACAUGGCCAAGGAGGUCAUCUCAGAAAUAGAGUAUGAAGUGCAACAGGCAGAUGUAGAACAAGCAUUUGUGGCAGCAUGGAGGGAAGAAAAUAAGCUCCAGUGGAAGGCCCCAAAGUUUGAUGGAGUAGCAGUACCUGGAAAAGAGAGAUGUACAGUGACCAUGACAGCAGAGCAGGCAGGACCUAGUCAGUCUGGCUCAAUGGAUGCUCCUGAAGCAAGUUUAAAGGAUAAGGGACAGCAACUGGACAGAAGUGCUGAUCAAGAUGUGGGAAGGAAAGGUUAUAGGUAUAUGAGUCUGUUCAAAGACCCUACAGCAGUGACAAGGGUUUUGAACCAGUACCUGGGCCAGACCAUUACAAUUCCAGGAAGAGAUCUACUCACCAUAAGUCCAGAUGUUUGGAGGGAGUUCAAGGACUGA